AUGGAAGGUACCGCGUUUCCCAUUCCAGAACUGUCGGUCUCGUUGUCGGGAGUUCCCUCGGAGCGCUUGCCGCGCGAGCGGCUGACCGAGGGUGUCGCCUGGGUGGCGUCGCUCGGGGUGCGCGCCGUGCACCUCGACGCGACUGCGCCCGGCGUGCGCCCGCGCGAGCUGGAACGCUCGGCACGGCGCGAGAUCGCGUCGAUGCUGCGCCGCGAGAGCGUCCGGUUCACGGGCGUGGACCUUUGGAUCCCGCCGGAGCAUUUCGUCGUUUCGGCGCACGCCGACCGCGCGAUCCACGCGGCGGAGGAAGCGAUCCGCUUCACGGGCGAGGUCGCGGCGCUUGCGGGAGCGGGUGAGGGGGCGGUGGUGUCCCUCCGCCUGCCCCCUGGGGACGGGGAGAUCGCGGGGAUGCUCGGCGAUGCCGCGGCCGACGCGGGGGUGCGCCUGGCGGACCACGCCUGGCCGCCUGGCGAGGGUGUGUCGCACGACCAUGUGGGCGUGGGGAUUGAUCCGGCGGCGAUCUCGGCGGUCGGCGGCGGGCGGUCGGCGUCGCGCGAACUCGCGGCGCACGCUUCGCGCGUCGCCAGCGUCCGGCUGAGCGACUGGGACGGCCACCGGCGCGUGCCCGCGGGGGAGGGGUCGCUCAGCGUGUUCGAGUACGUGGCCUCCGCGGUGACGUGCGGGAUCUCGUCGCCGCUCGUCGUGGACCUGCGGGAGCUGGAUCGCCCCUUCGAUGCGGCACCGCGUAUCAUCGAGGAAUCCAUGGCCAGCAAGCGUGAUCUUUACGACGUACUCGGGGUGUCUCGCGACGCGAGCGCGGACGAGAUCAAGCGCGCCUACCGCAAGCUGGCGCGCGAGCUGCAUCCGGACAUGAACAAGGCGGCGGACGCGAGCGAGAAGUUCAACGAGGUCCAGGAGGCGUACGACACGCUCUCCGAUGAGCAGAAAAAGGCGCAGUACGACCGUUUCGGGCACACAGGGGUGGGGGGCUCGCCCUUCGGCGGGGGCGGUCCGGGAGGUCCGGGGGGUGGGACGUACACGUGGUCCAACGUCGCCGGGGGCGGCGGCGGCGGAGGAUUCUCGGAUUUCGACGUCGGCUCGAUUUUCGAGCAGGUCUUCGGCGGGCAGGCGAGCGGCUUCGGCGCCCGGGCGACCGCCGGCCGCCAGCACGCGCGGGCUCGGUCACGCCCGCGGAAGGGUGAGGACAUCAACGCCGAUCUCGAUAUCGGGUUCAUGGACGCGGUGAAGGGCGCGACGCCGAGUGUCCGCAUCAAGCGGGGCGGGCAGACGCAGACGAUCGAGGUGACCGUGCCCGCCGGAAUCGAGGAGGGCGCCAAGCUCCGCCUGCGGGGCAAGGGGCACCCCAGCGCGUCGGGCGAGCAACCCGGGGACCUGAUCUUCACCGUGAAGAUCGGCAAGCACCCGCUGUUCCGGCGCGACGGGCUGGACGUGCUGCUCGACCUGCCGCUCACGAUCGCCGAAGCGGCGCUGGGGGCUGAGAUCUCGGUCCCGACGCCGCACGCGAGGGUGGAGCUGACGAUCCCCGCUGGCUCGGCGAGCGGGCAGCGGCUCCGCGUGAAGGGUCACGGGAUCAAGGCGAAGGAGCGGUCCGGCGAUUUCUUUGCCGUGCUCAAGGUCGUCGCGCCGAAGGAACUCUCCGAGGGCGACCGCGCCGCGCUGGAGGCGAUGCGCGAGAGGCUGCCGAACCCGAGCACCGUCCACCUGCCGAUCCUUCGCCGCCUGAUCACGCACCCGCUGCGCACGGUGUUCGUGGACGACAAGCGGGCGUGGCGGGGCGCGGACAUCCUGCUCGUCGCGAUGCACCUCGCGGACUACCUCGAGGCGAACUGCGAGAGCCGGACGGUGGGGCUCCUGCUGCCGACGUCCGGCGCGUUCGCGCCGGCGGCGCUGGCGGGGUGGAUGACGGGGCGCGUGGUCGUGCCGCUGAACUACCUGCUGAAGCGGCCCGAGCUCGAGCACGUGAUCCGCGACUGCGACACGGACACGGUGAUCUCCGUCGGCCCGAUGCUGGAUCACCUGGGCUUUGCGCCGGACGUGAAGAACGUCGUGCUGGGCGAUCAGCUGGAUUACAAAAAAGCGCCGACGCCGCGCUGGCCGGCGGGCGCGACGCCGGACGACCUCGCGGUGAUCCUCUACACCUCCGGCACGAGCGGGACGCCCAAGGGCGUGAUGCUCACGCACCGCAACCUGAGCUCGAACGUCCGCCAGGCGCUGCGUCACGCGCAGUUCACGAAGGAGGACACGCUCGUCGGCGUGCUCCCGCAGUUCCACUCCUUCGGUCUCACGGUGCUCACGCUCCUGCCGCUCAUGUGCGGGGCGCGGACGGUCUUCAGCGCCCGCUUCGUGCCCAACCGCAUCGUGAAGACGAUCCGCGAUCACAACGCGACGGCGUUCGUCGGGAUCUCCUCGAUGUUCGGCGCGCUGCUCCAGGUCAAGGGCGCGACGGCCGAGGACUUCCGCACGAUCCGCUUCGCCGUGGCGGGGGGCGAGCCGCUCUCGCGGGAGGUGGGGCGGCGGUUCGAGGAGCGGUUCGGCAUCCGCGUCAACGAGGGGUACGGCCUCACGGAGACGUCGCCGGUGACGAACAUGCUCAUGCCGGGCGAGGACGCGCCGCACUCGGUGGGGCGGCCCGUGCCCUGCCUGGACCAGCGGAUCGUGAGCCCGGACACCGGCGCGGUCCUCUCGGUCGGCGAGGAGGGGGAGAUUCGGAUGCGCGGGCCGAACGUGAUGCGCGGGUACUACAAGCUCGACGAGCAGACGCGUGACGCGUUCGACGAGCACGGCUACUUCCGCACGGGCGACAUCGGCAAGAAGGACGAGCGCGGGUUCCUCUGGAUCACCGGUCGGCUCAAGGAGAUGAUCAUCGUGGGCGGGGAGAACGUCUUCCCGCGCGAGAUCGAGGACGCGCUAGAUUCGCACCCGGACGUCGAGGCGAGCGCCGUCGUCGGCAUCCGGGAUGAUGUUCGCGGUGAGAUCCCGUGGGCGGCGGUGACGCUCGCGGAGGGCGCGGCGUUCGACGCGCAGGCGCUCAAGGACUGGUGCAAGGACCGGAUCGCGCCGUACAAGAUCCCGCGCGAGAUCCGGGCGUUCCCGGCCCUGCCCCGGACGGGCACGGGCAAGAUCUCGAGGCGGGACGUCGGGGCGUACCUGAGCGGGGGCAUGUCCGACGAGGACUUCGCCCGGGCCUGCGGGCAGGCGUAG